AUGUACGAUAUGAAGCCACUGCCUUCAGUACCAGGACAACAGACACAGCAGACACAACAGACACAGGCACAGAGCAAGAUUAAGCCACAACCACCCCUCCCGCCAACAUCUACAUCGACAUCAACAACAACAUCACCUCCACCCUUGUCACCUUCGUCAAAGUCAAACAAUGGAGUAGGGUCAUCAAGUCAGAGGGAUAAAGACAGAGGAGACAGGGAGAAGGAUAAGGCAGCGUCAGUUCAGACAUUGCCAUCGAGAAUGAAGAAUGAGAGCAGGAAGAGCAUAAAGAGUAUAUUCUCAUUGGUUUGGCAUAAGCCGGAUGAGGCAGCCGAGGCAGCAUCCGAGGGCUCUCAGGACGAGAAGGAGGAGAAGAAACAGACAAGUUCAUCAUCGGGAGAGACUUCCCCAACAAACACGGCCACGUCCACAGACAUGAGAUCUCCGCGAGCUGCCAAGACGACUCAAUCUCCGAGUCUGACGACGACGACAACAACAACAACACAAACCGAAUCAAAGGUUGUUGUUGAUUCCAAACCAUCAUCUAACAACAAGAGGACAUCUUAUGUAUCGCCAAUGUUGAUCUCCACCCCGGCAACACCCACGACAACGCCGGCAACUGCCACAACUUCGGCAAAACCACCACACACAGCCACAUCGACGACAACAAACAAGAAGCUACCUACUCCACCUCCAUUAUCGAUUGGAUCCAGUGAGACCUCAGCACGGACGACACCCUCCGCAGCCGAGAUGGAGGAGCAGCUGAUGAUGGCCAGACUGAAGCGUGAGGCGGACAUGGAGCAGCGCAUGGCACAGAUGGAGCUGGCGCUUUCAAAGACGCACAGACUAGUCGAGGAUCUCAGUAUGAAGCUCACCAACGAGGUGAUGAGUCGCCGCGAGCUCGAGAUGCACUGCAAGGAGCUGGAAGCACGACUAAAGAUCGGCGAGAUGCGCUGGCGUCGCGUGUCUGAGUGCUACACCGAGUCGGUUAGCCAGCUGGCGCGCAGCAAUGGUAGCGACGGAGUGCACAGCUCUGCGCUGGAGGAGGAGCAGGCCAAGCAAGAGAAGGAGGACCGCCUGCUCAAGGAGUUUGCCAACCUGCACGACGACCAGCGCUUCAAGACGCUCAAUGUUCGCUUCGACACGUUCGACCAGCGUCUGCGAAGUAUAGAGGAUACCAACGGCCAGGUACUCGACAGCGUUCAAACAAUGGCCAUGCUCUCGGAACAUGGUGGCGAAGGCCGCAAGAAGGCAAUCAAGAAGUUGGAACAACAGCGCGAGAAGGAGCAGCGAGAGAAGGAGCGCGAGAAGGAAAAGGAACGUGAGAAGGAGAAGGAGCGUGAGAAGGAGCGCCAGAGAGCAUUAAAGAAGGACAAGGAGCGUCAGCGCGAGAUACGCAAGAUGUUUGUGUCACGUGACCGCGCACAUACCGUGGACACCUCGUCGAUGCACAGUGGUGGCAGCAACACUUCGGACAACGUGUCGGACCUGGCAUCUGAGCCGCCCGAGCAUGAGGUCGGCGGCAACAAUGGACUCAAGUCAAGCCUCAAGAAGAAGACAUCUGGCUCGCCCGACAACUCAUUCUGCGACACAGCCAGCAACAUCUCGCUCAACUCAUCAAGCUCGGUCUCAUCGCCCGCCAAGAAGUCGGUCGUGUUCAAUGAGGUGGACGAGACAGCCCCGCCCCGCAAGUAUCUGGGCAGCUACACCAACUCUUUGAAGCGAUGGGCCGGCAAGCGACUAUCGACAUACAGCGCGAGUGGCGAGCCACCCUCACCCAAUCUGGGUGCCGAGUAUGAUCUGGCCACCUCUGUGCCAGUGGCCGCGACUGAGGAGGUUGCCGAGGCGACCAAGGAGCGAGCACAGGUAGCCAAAGGUUACUUCACCACUUUGUACGAGUCUGGCGACAUCGAGGACAUGAAGCGCGAGAAGCUGAAAAGGAUGCGAUCCAAGACUAUCUCUGGCAGACCAUCAUCAUUGUCCGCUCUGGAAGAGGAGGAAGCGGCACUAGAGGGUAGUGGCAAUGGCCAGCCCAAGAUUCCAAUCUCUGCUUCCUCAAGCCAGGUACACACCAUGUCCAGUGUCAACAGCAUCAGUAGCAGUGGAGGAAGUACCAGCAGCAAGGCAGAGGCCAAGUCUCUCUCCAAGUCCGAUCGUAUCCCAUCAUCACCAUCAUCCGAGUUUGAUCAGUACUAUGGAGACAAGAAGAAGCAUUCAACAAUUGGAAGAAUGUUUGGCAAAGUGAGAGACAAGCCAUUGAGUGGCGUGUCGCUCAUACUCUCCGAGCGACUCAAUCAUCGCGCGUCCAGGGAUGAGCUGAUAUCCAAGAAGAUCAUCAAAGCUGAGUCCAUAUUCUCGACCAGCCUCAAUGAAGACUCGAUGGAGCGAUUGGUACAGUUCAUUGACAAUUGCUUCGAGGUGUUGACGGUCAGUUGCCAUCUGCCAGACUUGUUCACGAGGAAGAUGGAGGACAAUGAUAUCAAGUCAUUCAAGUUGUCAAUCGAACAGAGUAUUGUUGGCAAGUUCACCAAGCGCGACCCUUAUCUCGUGGCUGCCACCCUGCUCAGCUUCUUUGACUCGCUGCCUGAGCCCCUGCUGUCCAAGUCGGUCAGCCACCUCUUGUCAAUCGUCACUAUCGACGACAACAUAUUCAGGAAGUCACUGUGUCGCUCGAUCCUCUUCUCAAUGCCACCAUCUCAUCGUGCCAUUCUCAAACUUGUGGCACAGUUCAUCAAGAGCGUCACCACCAGCAGCGGCAAUAGCGCCGUGCAUCUGGUGGAGGCCACCGACUCACCACUCCCCAUUGUGGCGAUCGCCGAGGAGGCGUCAGAGGGCGCGACAACCCUGAGCAGCUCCAACAUCGAGUUGAGCAACGGGGAGACCAAGUCCGCGUCAAACUCCUCGCCUGACGCCUCCCCACUCUCGAUGGCACAGACGAUCAAUCAUCGCUUUGGUCACAAGUCCAAGCUGACACUCGAUCAUCUAUGCGUGGUCUUCUCGCGCGUGCUCUAUCGUCGCGCUCUCGACUCGGGCGCCAAGCAGGUGGACGACGUCCUGGCCGUGCAGUCACUGGGCCAACUCGUGGACGACUACGAAGCGUCGUUUGACAACUUUGUCGACAUCCAGUUCAUCAUCAAGGAGAUCUCGUAUGUGAAGCACGCGUCCUAUGAGAAGCUGUUCGAGCGUUUGAUCGACCUCAACAACAUGGACAAGGACUACAACUACACGGUGUUCUACACGUACGACUACUACUUUAGCGCGCCCAGCGAGUUCCUGGAGCGCAUCGUGUACUACUACAAGAAGACAAUCUCCACCGACCUGGACACGCCGCCCCGCGCAUGGCAGGCCGAGCUGUCGAUUGCCGUACUCUCGGUGGCCAUGUUCUGGAUGAAGCUGCACCAGCCCGCACUGGGCGCCGACCGCGUCUUCCUCGCUCGCCUCAAGGCGUUCAUCGACGUCUACGGGCCGACCGCGUCGCCCACCACUGGCAACUUCUUCACAUACUUCAACACAUUCUUCCACAUGUCCGAGCCCAUCAAGACGCUGUACGAGCGCGGCACCAGCUUCUACGACACGGUCAAGAAGCCACCCUCGGCCCUGGCAGCGGCCAACGUGCGCAUCAAGGACGAGAACAACAUCGACUUCCUGCACAAGGCCUACACCAAGCCAGAGCGCUCACCCGAGUUCCACAUCAUGGUCGACAAGUUCAAUGAGUGGGCACGAUGGACCUCCACCGAGAUCCUGACCAAGGAACGGCUGCAGGACCGUGUGAUCGCGCUCACAUUCUUCAUUGAGCUGGCCAAGUGCUGUGUGGAGGUGGGCAACUUUAAUGCGGCAGCGGCCAUCAUUGGCGGCCUGAACUGCAGUGCAGUCACAAGACUGCGCCACACAUGGGACAAGCUGGCAGCCAAGACACACGCAGACUACAGGGCGUUGGAGGUUCUGUUCGACAUGUCGAUGAACUACAAGAACUAUCGCGAGGCACUGCGCAUGGUCAACGAGAAGGUGGUGCCCUAUCUGGCGCUGGUCACCAAGGAUCUGAUCGCCAUUGAGGAGGCCAACGACACGUUCACUACCACGGGUUUGAUCAACGUGGAGAAGUUCCGACUGAUAUACCGAGUGAUCAAGGAGUUGCAACAAUGUCAACAGGCAUCCAAUCAUAUAUUCCAAGUGAUACCACCACUCAAGAAGCAUCUCUCUACUCUCUCCAUUAAUCUAUUAGAUGACAAAGAGCUUCAUGUACUCAGCCACAAAGUUGAGCCACGUGCCAUUAACACUUCAUCGUCCUCUGCUGCAUCUUCCUAA